UUGGCUAUUGCGUUGCAAAAAAAAAAAAAAAAAAAAAUCCUGACUAGCCAUCCUGGGGCCUUUUCUGUCCUAGAGGACCUAAAGGAGAAAGAUUUCUGCUACCGAAGGGGCAGUCGGGUAGUAUUACAUUCCAGAUAUCCACGCCCGCCCUCGUAGGAGUGAGGGACGGGAGUGGGGAAGGGCCUUGGCGCAGGGAGCCGGAGUGUAACACCAUUGAUUGGGGCGGGAGGGGGGGGGCAGGCGUUUGGAAAGGCUUUGCAGGACCUGUUUGUCUGCGUAAUCCUCCCUUGGUGACUGACUGGUGUACACACAAGCCCUUGAGCAAUUCUGAUAAACCUCAAAACCCACAGCCCCUCCGUGAAGCGUGUCGGAGCCACCGGCGUGCCCACCACCAGCAGCAGCUGGGCCGCCCGUCCUGCCUCCCGAGGAGCCGGGCGCGUGCACCCUCCCCUCCCCCUGCGCCCUCCCCGCCCGCGGCUCCACGCACUCUCCGUGAUUGUUUUGCUCGCUCCCGCCGCCGCCGCCGCCGCCGCCGCCGCCAGAGGAGCAGCAGCGCUUGUGCAAACCGGGAAGAUGGCGGCCGGCGGCGGCGGAGGCAGCAGUAAGGCCUCCUCCUCGUCGGCCUCCUCGGCAGGGGCCCUGGAGUCCUCGUUGGAUCGAAAGUUCCAGUCGGUCACCAACACUAUGGAAUCCAUUCAAGGCCUGUCGUCUUGGUGUAUAGAGAACAAGAAGCACCACGCCACCAUCGUCUACCAUUGGAUGAAGUGGCUCCGGAGAUCUGCCUAUCCCCACCGUUUGAAUCUCUUUUACCUUGCCAAUGAUGUCAUCCAGAACUGUAAAAGGAAAAACGCAAUCAUAUUCCGUGAAUCAUUUGCUGAUGUACUUCCUGAAGCUGCUGCUCUAGUAAAGGAUCCAUCUGUCUCUAAAUCUAUAGAACGAAUCUUUAAAAUCUGGGAGGAGAGAAAUGUUUACCCAGAAGAAAUGAUUACGGCAUUAAGAGAAGCUUUAAGUACCACUUUCAAAACUCAGAAGCAGCUGAAAGAAAAUCUGAACAAACAACCGAAUAAGCAGUGGAAGAAAUCACAAACAUCCACGAAUCCAAAAGCUGCUCUCAAAUCUAAGAUAGUUGCUGAAUUUCGAUCUCAGGCCCUCAUUGAAGAGCUGUUGCUAUACAAGCGCUCAGAAGAUCAGAUUGAAUUGAAGGAAAAACAGCUGUCAACUAUGCGUGUGGAUGUGUGUAGCACAGAAACUCUCAAAUGCUUAAAAGAUAAGACCGGUGGGAAGAAGUUCUCCAAAGAAUUUGAGGAGGCAAGCGCCAAGCUGGAGGAAUUUGUGAAUGGAUUAGAUAAGCAGGUGAAAAGUGGGCCCUCACUCACAGAAGCACUGGAAAAUGCUGGAAUUUUCUAUGAAGCACAAUACAAAGAAGUAAAAGUGGUGGCCAAUGCAUACAAAACCUUUGCUAAUCGAGUGAACAAUUUAAAGAAAAAACUGGAUCAAUUGAAAUCAACCCUUCCUGAUCCAGAAGAAUCCCCAGUUCCUUCCCCAAGUAUGGAUGCUCCCUCCCCAACUGGUUCUGAGUCUCCUUUUCAAGGAAUGGGAGGUGAGGAAUCCCAAUCACCAGCUGCGGAGAGUGAGAAAUCUGCCACACCGGAGCCGGCAACAGAUAAUCGUGAUGUGGAAGACAUGGAACUCUCAGAUGUAGAAGAUGAUGGGUCAAAAAUUAUUGUAGAGGACAGGAAGGAAAAGCCUGUGGAGAAGUCGGCUGUAUCCACUUCUGUACCUACAAAGCCAACAGAAAGUAUCUCAAAGGCCUCUUCGUGUACCCCAGUGCCUGUGACCAUGACAGCAACCUCGCCUCUACCAAAGCCUGUGAAUACUUCUCUUCUUUCCCCUUCUCCAGCAUUGGCUUUGCCAAACUUGGCUAACGUGGAUCUGGCAAAGAUCAGUUCCAUCCUUAGUAGCCUAACAUCAGUCAUGAAAAAUACAGGGGUCAGUCCUGCAUCAAGACCUUCACCAGGAACUCCUACAAGUCCUGGCAACCUCUCCAGUGGCCUGAAAACACCUGCCCCUGCCACGACAACAUCUCACAACCCUCUGGCAAACAUCCUCUCGAAAGUGGAAAUCACCCCAGAGAGCAUUCUGUCUGCUCUUUCCAAAACCCAGACCCAGUCAGCCCCUGCCCUGCAAGGCCUAUCAUCUUUGCUUCAGAGUGUUACUGGGAACCCCGCUCCAGCCAGUGACGCUGCAUCCCAGAGCACCUCGGCUUCCCCUGCCAACACCACUACAGGGUCUAACGUAAAAGGAAGAAAUCUGCCCUCCAAUACCCAGUCCUUCAUUCCCAAGAGCUUCAGCUAUUCUCCUAACUCGUCGGCAUCUGAAGUCUCUUCAACUUCAGUCAGCAAGGCCCCCAUCGGGCAAAGCCCAGGGCUUCCAAGCACUACGUUCAAGCUGCCGUCCACCUCUCUGGGGUUCACAGGCGCCCACAACAACAGCCCUGCUGCCCCGCCUCCUGAAGUUGCCAUGUGCCAAUCUUCAGAGAUCUCCAAGCCAAAGCUGGAGUCCGAGUCCACCUCCCCAAGCCUGGAAAUGAAGAUCCAUAACUUCUUAAAAGGUAAUCCUGGUUUCAGUGGCUUAAACUUAAACAUCCCAAUCCUGAGCAGUCUGGGGUCCAGUGCCCCAUCAGAAAGCCAUCCCGCAGACUUCCAGCGUGGCCCUACUAGCACUUCAGUGGACAACAUUGACGGAACCCCUGUGCGGGAUGAACGCAGUGGGACGCCCACCCAGGAUGAGAUGAUGGACAAGCCCACGUCCAGCAGUGUAGAUACCAUGUCCCUGCUCUCUAAGAUCAUUAGCCCUGGUUCUUCCACACCCAGCAGUACGAGAUCACCACCCCCGGGGCGAGAGGAAAGCUACCACCGCGACCUCUCCAAUUCUGUACCGACAUUUCGACCCUUUGGCCUGGCCAGUGAACCGCCCUAUAAGCAGCCUUCUGAUGGAAUGGAGAGACCAUCUUCCCUGAUGGACUCUUCCCAGGAGAAGUUCUAUCCAGAUACUUCUUUCCACGAAGAUGAGGAUUAUCGAGAUUUUGAGUACUCAGCACCUCCACCCUCUGCCAUGAUGAACCUAGAGAAGAAACCAGCCAAGUCUAUCCUGAAGUCCAGCAAGCUUUCCGAGACCGCCGACUACCAGCCGAUCCUGUCCAGUUACAGCCACAGGGCCCAAGAAUUCGGGGUAAAGUCUGCCUUCCCUCCAGCUGUAAGGGCCCUCCUGGACUCUAGUGAGAACUGUGACCUCCUCUCACCUUCCCCUGGGCUGUUUGGUGCCUUCAGCAUUAGAGGGAGUGAACCUGGGUCUAACCGGUCACCAUCACCGAGUAAGAACGAUUCCUUUUUCACCCCCGACUCCAACCACAAUAGCUUGUCUCAGCCUGCGGCUGGGCACCUCAGUUUGCAGCAGAAGCAGUACCCAGACUCUCCUCACCCGGUCCCACAGCGUUCCCUUUUCUCUCCGCAGAACACCCUUGCUGCUCCCACGGGCCUCCCGCCCGCAUCGGGCGUGGAGAAAGUCCUGGCCGCCACCAUUUCCACCACGUCGACGAUUGAGUUUAAGAACAUGCUUAAAAACGCCUCCCGAAAGCCCUCGGACGAUAAGCAUUUUGCCCAGGCCCCCGGCAAGGGCUCCUCCGGUGACGGGGCCAGUCUCUCAAACCUCCCGCAGCCCAGCCUGCCGGCCCCGGAGCAGCAGCAAGAAGAGCACUACCACCGCAUCGAGACGCGCGUGUCCUCCUCCUGCCUGGACCUGCCGGACAGCACGGAAGAGAAGGGGGCCCCCAUAGAAACCCUGGGUUACCGUAACGCAGCCACCAGGAGGAUGUCCGGGGAGCCCAUCCAGACCGUAGAGUCCGUCCGCGUUCCUGGGAAGGGGAAUAGAGGACACGGGCGCGAGGCCUCCAGGGUGGGCUGGUUUGACCUGAGCUCCUCGGGCAGCUCUUUUGACAACGGCCCCUCCAGCGCCUCCGACUUGGCGUCCCUUGGGGGUGGGGGCAGCGGAGGCCUCGCUGGCUUUAAAGCAGCACCGUACAAGGAUCGGGCACCCCCGUUUCAGGAAAGUGUCGGCAGCUUUCGCUCCAACAGUUUCAACUCGACAUUUGAGCAUCAUCUCCCCCCGUCCCCCUUGGAACACGGGGCGCCCUUCCAGAGGGAGCCCGUGGGGCCGGCCGCCGCCCCGCCCGCCCCUCCCAAGGAUCGCGGUGGUGUCUUCUCCCGAGAUGCAGCCACUCACCUGCCCUCUGUGGAUCUCUCGAACCCCUUCACCAAGGAGGCCGCCUUGGCCCAUGCCGCCCCGCCCCCCCCUCCUGGAGAGCUCGGCGGAGUUCCUUUCCCCACCCCGCCCCCUGCAGCCCCCGGGGAGCACAGCAGCAGCGGUGGGGGUGGUGUCCCCUUUUCCACUCCCCCCCCUCCGCCCCCUGGUGACCACUCGGGGGUGGUGCCCUUCCCAGCCCCCCCACUGGCAGAGCACGGAGCGGCAGGAGCAGUGGCAGUGUUUCCCAAGGACCAUAGUUCUCUCCUUCAAGGGGCCUUGGCUGAUCAUUUUGGGGUGCUCCCAGGACCCAGGGACCAUGGGGGCCCCACCCAACGGGACCUCAACGGCCCUGGCCUUAGCCGUGUGCGGGAGGGCCUGAGCCUGCCCUCGCACUCCCUGGAGCACCUGGGCCCGGCCCACGGCGGCGGUGGGGGAGGCAGCAACAGCAGCGGCGGCCUCCCCUUGGGCCCCUCACACAGAGACAUCAUCAACCGGAGCGGUCUGGUUUUGCGGAACCCCCGGCCAGACUUCCGGCCUAGGGAGCCUUUUCUCGGCAGAGACCCGUUCCACAGUUUAAAGAGACCCAGGCCGCCUUUUGUUAGGGGCCCUCCGUUCUUUGCACCAAAACGCCCGUUCUUCCCUCCCAGGUACUGACGGAGACCAAGGGAAAGGCAUUCGGAACAGUCUAGAGAGCGUUGGAAGUAGGAGUUUGGUUUAUUGUUGUUUGUUUUCCCUCCUUUGAUUUAUUUCUCUAUGACCAAGGGCCUCCCUUCCAGAGUGAAAAGUCAUACAUAUAUGCUUACAUUUCACUGUCCCACCCAGGCCUCCCGCCCACUGCACUUACCCACCUUCCCCGCGUUGUCCUUAUCUUAGGGGGGUGGAGGGGAGCAGGCAAAGAGACACAACCAAAGCCAGCUCCUUUGGCUGGGAGCUUGAGGGACGGGGAGGAAGACAAAUAUUACCCCAUCUAUUGAAGAGUAUUCUUGCAUUUGAAAUAAAACUUCCACCAGUACAGAUGAUAAUGUGCAAUGUUGGGAUGUUGUUUUGAGUUUGGCUUAUCAGUAGUCCAUGGAAGGGUUCCUGCCCCCUUCUCUCUCCAGCUACCUUCACUGCUGUCCCCAGUUUGGCCCCCUUCCCUGUGUCUGCCCUGCUGACAGCCAGAGGUGGUGCAAGGGAGGAGAUGCAGAGUCUCGGAGCUGUCACGCUGUUGUUGUUUUGUUUGUUCCGAAAGGCAUGUGGAAGUUGAGCACUUUACCUUUCUCCUCAAAUCUUACCAACAACACAGCCUCCUCUUCCAAAGCACCAGCAGGCCUCACUGAGAUCUCCUGUCCUGGGAACAUUUUUCCUCUUUGUUUUUGGAAUGAAAGAGAGCAGGCUGAAUAUAUUUUGAGGUUAAAAUUCGGAAUAAUUAUAAUUACAGUAGUUAGAGAAAGAAACUCUAGCAGUGUGUUGUGACCUGCCAUCCUUCAUAAACGAGAGAGAAUGGGAAAUGUUUUUUGAGAAGUUUCCCUCAUACCCAGCUCUUCUGCUUUUCUUUCUUGGCUCUCUCUCAGCUUUCGCUUCUGCUGCGGCCAGAAAGCUGCUCCCGUUGACAGUUGUUACAAAGGUGGAACUACUGUUGUCUCUGUUUUAAUGUAAUUAGUAGACAUUGUUACCAUGGCGCCUCCCUAGCAUAGGUGGCAUUUGUUGGCAAUUUCAGCAAAGGUUAACUACCAGGGAAAGGCAAUUCAUUGUCUUUAUCUUUUCUUUCCCCUCGCCUGUAUUCACCCCAUUCUUGGUGUUUAUUUCACAGAAGGUUCAAUAGCAUCUUUCUUUCCAUUACACCUCUUCAGAUGUGUCCUACUAACAAGUGAGUAUUACUAGACAUUUUUUACAGAAGAAACUGGAGAACAUGAGAAAUCCAAAUUUACCCACUCCAUACUAGCUGCCCAUCACUUAUCAAGGCUCAAGCCUUCUCCUCACUUCCCACUCGCAGUAGGAAAUCAAGGAUGUUUCUGCUCUUCUUAGUCAUGUCACAUAGGAAACUCUCUUCCCCCCAAACUGAAAGGCUUGUGUGUGUUCACGGAGAGUACUGGGGAAAGACAAUCGCCGCACUUUGAGUGUUUAUAUCUUUAUAUUUUAGGGACAUUGAAAAGCAAAUGUUGUGUUUCUAUUUUUUAUUUAGUGUCUUGUCCUAAGGUACACACACGGGUAAACUCCAGCUAGAUGAGUAAAAUAAUCUGAGUUGAGUGCUGUAGGGAAUCCGGGUAAGUUUUCUAUGUUAUCCCGGGUUAGUAUGGAACCACGGGAAGUGUGGGAUUGCUUUGGAUUCCUGCAGUGAAAUACUAAAGGCGGGAGAGAGGACAAUGGAGUGACAGAAGGCGAUGCUUUGUCUCAAAAUAAACUUGCUUUUCAGAUAAAGAGCAGCUUACACCGGGUGUGUGUCAGAGGCUGGGAGCUCUCUGUAAGUUAUUCCAUGUUAUUUGGGCUCGCUGUGUGUACUGGGGUUAGGAUGCUGCCAGGCAUUCAUCUAUCUCCCUGAUGCAUUUCUGGUCCUGGGCCAACUAACUUCGUUCUUCCUUUAACCCUCUCAAGCCUCUGCCCUGUGGCUCUCCCACACACACAAAUGCAUGAUACCAUGACCUUGAAUGUGGGAUGGGGUAUAUAGUGUAGCAAAGCAAAGAAACAGUAUCGUUCCAUUGAGUCCGCAGACAUUUGUUUAGGAACAUGUAUAAGUAGGCAGUGAGGGUGGGGUGGGGGAGUUCUAUGUGAUUCAACUGAAGUACAAUUUUAUUUUUAUUUUUAUUUUUUGCAGAAAUUAAGGGGGAUGUAUUCACUCUAAAACAAAAGAAUGUGAAUUCUUUCUUGCUGCUCUUGUUUAAACUAAAAGUAGUGUUUACUUGAAAAGGCUCUCUGACCUUUUGGUUUUAUAAGAAAAUACGGGGAUGUCAGGAAAGUGGCCUCCUGAACGCUGAGGCAGAAUAAUUGUCCUCAGAAGUAUGAUGGCUAAUCCAUGAAAGGAAGACCUUGUACCGCUUUAAAGAUGGACUUUUAAGGGCUGGCUUUCUUUUGUGGGCUGUUUUGUUUUUUAAGCCACAAAAUCUUCCAAGCGCCUGUUUCAGGACGGGAGGGAGGAUUUGUGUGGCUUUGAGCUGUUCACUCUAAGGAACUCUGUCCACAGCAGUAAAUGAAGACGACAAUGUACAUAUGUGAUAUAGUGACACAAAAGACAAGACAAUUCUGGUAUUCAUAACAUGAAACAAAGGGGUUUUAUUCUUUCUGUGUCUGUGAUUUCAAGCUCCGUGCCCAUGCUCUGACUUUUGUAUUUCAACCUGAGUUUAAAAAAAUAAACAAGGUAUUUUUUAAAGAAAGCAUAACAUAGUGUGUCUUGGAAAGGACAUGAUUCACGUGAGAGCAGAAUGUGCGAAGUUGUCGCUGAGGUCCUUGGUGCUCACUGUAAAAUCACAGACAGAGAAUUGGCGGGGUUUGUGAAUUCACUGGUUCCACCGAAAUCUCAUACCACGUCAGAAACGAGAGUCCUUACGUAGUUUGUACGUUCACUCGGUGAGCUCAGAGGGAAGCUCUCCCUACUCCUGCCUCCCACAUGUGGAGAGGAAGCAGAAUUGGUCUGAUUCCAGGGAGGGUAAAAUGAUCAGAGUGUAGGACUUCUAUACUUUCCAAUCCCAGGGAUACAAUGUUUGUGAUAUAUAUGGUACAGCAAACCUAUCUAGAUAAUGUGAAUAUGCUAAACUUCCUAACUGCAGAAUAUUCACUAUUUCCUGAAAUUACUGGUUCAUGCAGAAUUAAGCUUCAGCUGUUAAUUGUUUUGAAGCCGCUGUAAAUUACUGCUUUUCCUUUUUCCUCCCCUCCUCCCCCCUUUUUUUUUUGAAUGGGCAGGGGUGCCUGUUAAAAUUAGAUAUGUUCUAUUGAUAUUCUCACGUGUUCAGUGUGGAAAACAAAACAAGUACAUGCUUUAGAGGCAACAACAUUGAAAUCCUUUUGAAAUGUGUAUUACCACUUAAUAAAAUAACUAGUUCUCAAGGUUUGACAUUUUUCUUUGAGAUUUGGGGCUUUAACCAAGGGCCCUGGCUUCUCUGGUGAGAGCAGAGUAGGAAGCUUCUCCAGGAGCUGAGCUUGCUGCUUCGUGGCGGCGGCCUUCCUUGGACUAUCGUCUUUUUCUCCAGCAAAGACGCUACAUGACGUCCAGGGCUGAAGGUGAAACCAACCACAGAAUGCAAAGAGAAAAGCCCGGAUACAUCUCUGAAGAUCUGCUCGGAUUGGCUCUGGUCUGAGUGUGGGGAAAGGGAUGGUGGGUGUGUCUGCACACACCGCAGACCACCAUCUCGUCCCUCCCUGUGACCAUGCGCACCUUCCUCUUCCAGCCAUUCCUUUCUUUUUUUAAGUCUGUGUGUCUCCGAUACUGUGUUUGUUUUCCAGUUUAAUAAAGUGUGGUUUCUUU